AUGAGAAAGUCAUGCAAUUGUCUUUACUCAGAUGGGAAACCAAAAGAGGAUGCUGCCGGUAGAGGUAGAGGUAGAGGCAUUCAAGCUAAGCAAACCCCCUCACCUGGUGGUGGUCGGGGUAGAGGACUGAAGCCCGGUGCUGGAGGAGACAAACCUCCAGAUGCUAAUCCGUUUGGAUUCCAGCUCAAAGCAGUUCCACUGAAGUUUACGAGACCACUCAAAGACAUAGUGUUACAGGAGGCUGAAUCAGUCGGCGCUUCUGCUACGUUUGAGUGCGAGGUUUCGCCUUCUACUGCAAUUACUUCAUGGAUGAAAGAUGACGCCAACAUAAGAGAGAGCCCAAAACACAAGUACUACUCUGAUGGCAAAGAUCGCAAACUGCUCAUCAUUGAUGUGCAAGUUUCUGACACUGGUGAAUAUACUUGUGUUGCCAAGCUGGGCAACAAGGAAAAGACAACAACCGCCAAACUAAUAGUAGAAGAAUUGCCUGUGAAGUGGGUAAAGACUCUGGAAGAGGAUGGUAUGUCGGUCCUCAAGAGUCAGCCUAUGUACCUGACCUGUGAGUUGAACAAAGAGAGAGAUGUGGUCUGGAAGAAAAGUGGUGUCCCUCUUAAAAACAUCCCUGGAAAAGUGGCUAUCAAUGUCAUUGGAAUGCAGCAUGCCAUUACAAUCCAGGACACGGGAGAUGACGACGCUGGGAUCUACGCUUGCGAGUGUGAUGACAUCAGGACUAAAACAGAUGUCAAAAUCAUUGAAAUUAUCAGAGACUGGUUGCAGAAACCAUUGAGAGAUCAGCAUGUGAAACCCAAGGCCACUGCCACUUUCAAAUGCGAGCUCUUCAAAGAAACCCCCAACUGGAAGUGGUUCCAUGGCGACAAGGAGAUUCCUAAUGAUCCCACUGACAAGACUGAGGUCAAGAAAGAAGGCAAAGAACUGACUCUCAUAGUUAAGAAAGUAUCACCUGAUGAUAUUGGGCAAUAUGCCAUGGAGGUUGAAGGCCGCAGAUACACAGCUAAACUGACUCUUGGAGAACGUGAAGCUCAGAUCUUGAAGCCUAUCUCCAGUAUGGAGGUUGUUGAGAAAGAGGAGGUUACGUUUGAAACUGAAAUAUCUGAAGAGGAUGUGGCUGGAGAAUGGAAACUUAAAGGUCAAGUCCUGCAAAGAUCACCGAUGGUUGAAAUCAAAUCUGAGGGCCAGAAACGUUUCCUCACUCUCAAAAAUGCUCAGCUUGACCAGUGUGGUGAAGUGUCUUAUCAAGCUCUGAACGCUAUCACGAGUGGGGUGCUCACAGUCACAGAAAUGGAAAUGGACUUCACAGUCCCCUUGAAGGACGUGUCUGUACCUGAAAAGAAACAGGCUAUGUUUGAGUGUACUAUCACAAAGGAUGUGCCUAAAGUCAUGUGGUUAAAGGGGUCAGACAUCCUGUCGACAGGCGAUAAAUAUGACAUUAUUGAUGAUGGAAAGAAACAUAUAUUGGUCAUAAACAACUGUGAAUUUGAUGAUGAGGGACAAUACACUAUUGAAGUCUUGGGCAAAAAGUCAACAGCCCAGUUGACUGUGGAGGGUAUGAGGCUCAAAUUCAUAACACCACUAAAGGACCAAACUGCCAAGGAAGGUCAAACAGCUCGGUUUGAGGUUGAGCUCUCUCAUGAGAUGGUACCCCUGACAUGGUACAAAAAUGAAAUCAAACUCCAUGUGAGCAGGACUGUGCUCAUCCAUUUUGAAGGAAAGAAACACACCUUAGAAAUCAAGGAGUUGACUCUAGAUGAUACCUGCCAGAUUAAGGCAGAGGCUAAAGGAAUUCCCUCAACGGCAAACUUGACGGUGCUAGAGGGUGACGCAUACUUCACAGUGAAGUUGCAGGAUUACACCGCAGUCGAGAAGGACGAGGUCACUCUGGACUGUGAACUCAGCAAAGAUGUCCCUGUGAGGUGGUACCAUAAUGAGACUGAAAUUAAGGCCUCUAAGAUGGUAACCAUAAGGGCUGAGGGCAACAAAAGAAUGUUGUCUAUCAAGAAAGUGGAAGGAAAAGAUAAGGGACAAUACCUAUGUGAUUGUGAUACGGACAAGACCAUGGCAACCAUUAGCAUUGAAGGUAAGUCAAUUAAUUUUUACAAUCAUAAAAUCUAA